AUGCCAUCAUGUCCAUGUCCUUUUAUCAUUGGACUGUUCUUCUUUCCUGUUACAGAAUCAAACCCUGUGUAUCGCGAGGGCAAUCUCGCCUCCUCCACAAGAACCUUCCUGAGACGUACUUUCAUUAAACACGAGUUUCAAUGCUUGAAUGUGCCGCUUGUUGGAACAGUGGCAGUGUCUGAUGUGUUUGACUGUACGUUAGAAUGUCUCAGCAAUCCGUUCUGUUUUUCUGUAAACCUGGCCGCCUUUAAAGGAGCCCAUGGAAAACUUUGGUGCGAAUUGUUGUCAUCUGAUAAGUUCAGAAACUCCACAGAGUAUAAAGGGAAUAAAAGUUCUCAUCAUUUUGCUAUUGAGGUAGGAAACAUUUCUUAAUUUUGACAAAUAAACGUGUCAAGAUCUUAGAGAGAAGGCAGUCAGGUUAAAGCCACUGCAAAUGGUGUCGGUCUGUUGUCGUAUUCAUUGUGGUGACAACCGUAUUUCUCGUGCCGCGCACUAUCUUACUUACUUACCACCUUUGUUUCCCAGGCACGUCAGCAUGCUAAGAAAAUACAUGUGACUCGCUUGAAAAGUUUAGUCAAGAUACCAGAUUCUGUUUAUUUAAAAAAUGGAAUCGUUGUUUAAAUCGUCAGUAUUUGGUCAGCCUUAAGUCAAUUUGCGUUUUAAAAUGUUCUAUCGACAGACCUCUUCAUUUUCUGUGAAGGUUUGAAGCAGUUAGAAAACCUUCCCAGACUCACAGAUCCCGACGGCUUAGCAAUAUACUUUUAAUCUCAUAAAGCCAAUUUUUCAAAUAUCGGCCAAAGUCUUAAUACUGUAAAUGAAAAUAAAAAAAACCUAGAUGCUAUCAUAUGAGGUCUAUGCCAUGAAAUAUUUAUAGUAAAACAAAUCCGGACCAGAUUGGCGGAUUCAUGUACCCCCCUGUUCACCACAUAUAUAUAGAUUUACAACUGCGUUUCAAAAUACUUGAACUAUUUUCCUACUUUGUUUCUCUAUAGUCACCUUGCUCUUCGUCACCUUGUCAACACGAGGCUACCUGUGUCACAAACUAUAGAGAUGGCUCAUUCGGAUGUCGCUGUGGAAAAGGCUUCAAAGGAGAAUAUUGUGCAAAAAGUGAAUAGUUUGGCAUUGUUUUGUAAUAUACAUAAAUAAAAUAUACAUCCAACAGCAUUAAGGGACCAAUUAUUAGUUACCCAGGGCAGUGGGGGGUAAAGGAUUUUGGAGGAUGACAUGAUUUCCAGGGGAAAAGGAGGGGGAAUCAGUUGUCGCUGACAGAGUUUAAAUGGGGGGGGAAAACUAUAAAAUUGACUGCCAAUUUUAAAACUGCCAAUAAGUGGAGAUCGAAAGAACAUUACAGAGCCUUAACGGAGGGGGGAGGGGGGGUGGUUAAUUUUAUCGUGACACAACCAAAAUCCUCUGACCCCCCCUCCCUCCCUCCCUCGGCAGUAAAUAAUAACUGGUCCCUAAGUAAUGUUUAUCAUGUCUUAUUGCUCAAAGGUUUUGCUAAUAGCUUGAUACAGCAAUGUGCAAUGACUCUAGUUUUCAGUGUGUCCCCUACUGGAUUGUAAUAGAGCCUAAAUACCUUAAACACCUCACUUUUUUUAUUCGUUACAUUUAGGUAUUACGUCUUGCAAAGAUGCUAACAACCUUUUCAAGUAAGUGAUACCAAAUGAUUACCUUUUCGAGCAUAAAAAAUGUCAAAAUUAUCGAAUAGUUUCGAUGUCGAGAGAACAUUUUUUGCCGCAAACUAAAAUGAUCACGCAUGGAUUUCUUUUCGUGUCAAACAGGUCAAACGCCAGUCAACUGGUUACAUUAGGCCUUGACUCUAAACCAAUCACAGUUCUCUGUCAGAUGGGAGAUUUUGGAUGCGGAGAUGGAGGAUGGACGCCUGUAAUGAAGACUGACGGCAAGAAGGUAAGCCUCAUAUGGCGGAACAUUCGAAUUCUUGGCGGGGUUUUCUUGCCAGUGAUGAAGCGCAAGCAAGACAUUUUCAGUAGCGUAGAACUACGAGAGAAUCUCUCAGUAACUCGCCCAUAUUCUUCUCGCGGCCUCUGCUUGCGGAAAUUCUUCUACAAUACCCUAAUAUCUAAAAACGUGACAAAUUUCUAUUUAACCCGCCUACAAGUAAGGUAUAGAUUGAUGGCUUGUACACUAACUGUAUUACUGAUUUCACGAGGGUCCUUCCUUUGGUGAUGCAUCGUGUUAUUUAAAUUUAAGGAUAAAUUAAAUCCUCUUAAUUCUUUUCAGGCAACGUUUCACUAUGACUCUCACUACUGGAGUGAUAAAAACCAAUACAACAUCCCCGGCGGGAGGACUGGGUUUGACUCACAAGAGACCAAGUUACCGACCUAUUGGAACACACCUUUCUCCAAGAUCUGUCUCGGUAUGAAGAUAAGUGGACAGCUCAGGUUUAUUGUCAUUAACAAGCAAGCCAACUCUCUGCACUCACUGAUUGCUGAUGGGACAUACCGCGCUACUUCCCUGGGUCGUAACAAGUGGAAGAAGUUGAUUGGUGCGCAGGGCUCUUUGCAGCUGAACUGUAAUAAGGAGGGCUUUAAUGCUGUAGGUAUUGCAAGAAUUGGAUAUGUAGCUAACCAGCAAAACCAUUGUGGCUCUUGUAACUCCAGAAUUGGGUUUGGUACUAGAGGAGGUUCCAAUACGUGCGGAAACGUAGCAACUCUUUCCCCAGAUAAUGGUGACAGAAACAUCAAAGCUAUGGGAUAUAUUUUAGUGCAGUAA